AUGGAUAAAGAAAUACGUGAGUUGUUCCGAUUGUUUGAUACAAACAACGAUCGGUCCAUAUCACUGCAGGAGCUGGGCAAGGCGAUGAGGUUUCUUGGGAUGUCACCUUCAGAACAAGAGAUAACUGACGCCAUGAGUGCCUUGGACACAAACGAAAAUGGCAGGAUCGAGUUUCAAGAAUUUUACAAAUUUAUGCAAGCAGAGAUGACUAAACUGAAUGAAGCAGAUUUCACCAACAAUCAAGACACAGUACGCUCAGCAUUCCGGACGUUUGAUAAGGAUGGAAAUGGAUACAUAGACGAGAAGGAAUUAAGAAUUGCAAUGAAGAAGUUGGGUGAAGCAUUGACGGACAAGGAGCUGGACGAUAUGAUGAAACAAGCUGACGUCGAUGAGGAUGGUAAAAUCAAUUAUGAAGAGUUCGUUAAGAUAUGGUGUGAAACAACUUGA